AUGGCAAACGCAUAUGGCAGCCCCCUCUCUUCCCUGGGAUUUGGGACUAGCAUCUCGUAUAUGAUGAGGAAUCUAGGGAUCAAUAGCAGGUGUGAAGCGCGGCCCCACUCCCGACCCUACAUGGCCUGUCUGGAACGACCAUGUGGAGCCAGUUACAUUCACUGCGGCGGGUUCCUGGUGGCGAAGGACUUUGUGCUGACGGCCGCUCACUGCCAGAGAGACAAGAUCGCCGUCAUCCUUGGAGCCCACGACAUCACGAAACAGGAACCGAGUCAACAACGCAUCCGUGUGCGCCGGCAGAUCCCCCACCCGCAGUACGACAGCAAAACCCUAGAAAAUGACAUCAUGCUGCUGCAGCUGGAGAAGCCUGCAAAGCUCAAUGGAUCUGUGAAAACCAUCCCCCUGCCUCAGAUGGGAGAAUGGGUGAAGCCCGGGAUGGUGGGCAGUGUAGCCGGCUGGGGCCGUUCUAUUGCUGCCUCCAACGUGCUGCAGGAGGUGGAGGUGAAGGUUGUGAAGGAUGACAAGUGCUUGAAGUACAAUUACUACGACCAGGCGACCAUGCUGUGUGCGGAGCAUCCCCAAAAGUGGGAAGAUAUUGUACCGGGCGACUCCGGCGGCCCCCUGGUGUGUGAUGGAAAAGCCCAGGGCAUCGCUUCCCGUGGGUCACGCCCUGGGAAAAUCCCUGGCACGUACACCAGAGUCUCUGCUUUCAUCGGUUGGAUCCACAAGGAAAUGGGUCAGCUGUAGGCCUGAUUCCCCCCCAGGGGUCACUGCACAGCCCGGCUCUGCCUCGCUCCUGUGCCCUGGAGAGGGCCAGGUGUCAGGCCUGCUCAGCAGAGGGGCUGAAUGCCCCACAGCCCAGCCUCA